AUGAUUCGAAAUUUUCAACUGUUUAUCCUCUUAAUUCAAAUCGGAUGCAUUGUAGCACAAGAAACGCUGAACAUUUCCAAUUAUCAAAUCGAGUUGGAGGACCUUGAAAAGCGCGUUUUUACGAACUACGAUCCCCAGCUACCUCCAUACGAUGGUGAUAAAGCGAUUAAAAUGACUCUCCAAGUUCACAGCUCACAUCUCGCUGUCCCACCCGGUGAUCAGGCGACUCUUCAUUUCUAUGGAGCUUUCUUUUAUACUUGGCAAGAGCAAAAACUCGGUUGGAAUCCGGCCGAUUCCAAAAAAAAGAUGAAAGUUGUCGUUCACGAUCAACAAAAGCUCUGGUUACCUAAAAUGAUGAAAGUUGUGGGUGGAAUCAUUUCAAUGGUGAACUGGGAGAUGACUUGGAAAAUUGGCUCAUUUUUGACGGUGGAUGACCCGAAUCGUUAUCAGAAAGCCAAAGUCCAUUUUUAUCACGAGGUCGAGCUACAGAUUCCUUGCAAAGUGAGCGGGAAAUACCCGAAAGAGACACUCGAG